AUGUCUCUAGAGCGGGAUUCUGAUGGAGAUUACACAUCAGAUGACUCCUCGGGGUCAUCAUCGAAUAGCGAUGGUCAGCAUGAAGGCGCGGAUAUGGUCGAGUUCGUUAGGAAGGUUUCGAGGGACGCAAAUAUCGGUGGUAAUGUCGUUACUCAGGCUCACGAUAAAAACGCCCAAUAUUCCAAAUCAGCUGGGACUAAACUUGUCGCACGGAGGGCGUGGCAAGGCACAAUGGAGAUGACCCUGCACCAUAUUCGACUGGAGCCCCCUCCUCGCAUUGGAUCAGGAGCUGUCCGUCAUGCGGCUGGGGGUUCCCUUCCGGAGGAGCCAAGGGAACUCGAAGCUCACGCCCAAACCCUGGUGAGGCUGCGCGUUCGUGCUAGCGGCGAGGAUUGCCGUGAAGAGCAGGACAAAACCUGUGAUAAUUCCAAGCCGUUUGAUGCUAUCACCGACAAACUGCAGCCACGACAUUGGGCCGAAGAGAAGUCCAAGGCCUAUUGCAAUAACAACUUUUGCAGCGAACGUCUCUAA